GGAACGAAAAAGAAAAAAAGGUUUGUGAAGGUUUUGCUCUGAGGGUCUGCGGCCCACGCGGGCCCACGGUUGCGGUUGUCUUAAAGCUGGCGAGCUCUUCAAUUUCCACGCGUCUGUCAGCCUGCCUUUUCCCGCUUCUUUCCUGCUCCGAGCGUGCUGAUUGAGAGACUGACAGACAGUGUAAGAAAGACAGAAAGAGACUUUCAUAUUUCUUUUUCUGCUGCUGCUGCUGCUGCUGUCGUUUCUGCAUCUCUGCUUGGACCCUGUCUUGCUCUGUUUCUUACCCUCCAACCCACCAGUGCAGCAGCCUGAUUUUCAGCCAUUGAAACCAUGGAGGACAGUAAAGGUGCUAGCCCGAUGGUUAGCUAUGUUAGGGCUGAGAUCAAUGUCAAAUAUGCGGAUUUGUUGUUGCUGGCCUGUUGUUUCUGUUCGGGUUUGCUGGACAGCACCAUGUACAAUGCCUACAAUACUUUCGUUUCUAUGCAAACAGGAAACACCAUUUUCGUGGGGUUGGGUGCCUCCCAGCAGGAUAGCCGACCGUACGACUGGGCGCGAUCCUUGACGGCCAUCGGCUGUUAUGCGAUCGGCAGCUUCAUCUUCUCCCGCAUCAACAACUUCCUCGGCCCCAAACGGCGCGGCACUCUGGUCGCCUGUUUUCUGCUGCAGGUCGUACUCGUCAUCAUCGCUGCGGCUCUCUCUCAGAGCCAUGUCAUCGCCGGUGACCUAGCCGACGCCCACUCUACCACGUUCGUCACCCACUGGAGCCAAGAGGCCGUCAUCGUCCUGCUCAGUAUGCAGUCCGCGGGCCAGACCGUCGCCAGUCGUGUGUUGGGCUACAACGAGGUGCCGACCGUGGUGAUCACCAGUCUGCUCUGUGAUCUGAUGAUGGAUCCCAAGCUAUUCCUGUUGCGCAAUGAGAAGCGCGACCGUCGUGUCAUCGCCUUCAUCCUGACUCUGGUUGGUGCCAUCGCCGGUGGAUGGAUCAGCAAAGCCACGGGCAACAUCUGGGCAGCCCUGUGGAUUAUCGCCGGUCUCAAGUUCUUCAUGGCCGUUGCUUUGUCCUUCUGGCACGUCAAAUAA